AUGGGCGCCGAGGAAAAGUACAAAACUACUCCCAGCGCUAAAAUUCAAAUCAAACCGCCGGAAAUUGACGAAUUUGUCGUUUUGAAACCUAUCAGCCGCGGUGCUUUUGGAAAAGUCUACCUAGCACGGAAGAAAUGCAACUCCCGCUUAUACGCCAUUAAGGCCAUGAAUAAAGCGGACAUGGUCGAUAAAAACAUGACGAACCAACUGAAAGCUGAACGCGAUGCAUUGGCGUUAAGCAAAAGUCCCUUCGUGGUUCAUCUUUUUUAUUCUCUCCAGUCUGCCACCAAAAUCUACCUGGUCAUGGAGUACCUCAUUGGAGGUGAUGUCAAAUCUCUCCUCCACAUUUGUGGAUAUUUUGACCAAGACAUGGCGGUCAAAUAUAUCUCAGAAGUUGCCCUGGCGUUGGACUACCUUCACCGCCACGGCAUUAUACACAGGGACCUCAAGCCCGACAACAUGCUAAUUUCUAACGAAGGUCACAUUAAGUUGACUGAUUUUGGCCUUUCCAAGGUGAAGCUCGACAGAGAACUGAAACUCACAGAUAUCCUAAACACACCAUCUGUACCCAAACCCACCAAUUAUUCCCGCACGCCGGGUCAAGUCAUGUCCUUAAUCACAUCAAUUGGUUUUAACACCCCGAUGGUUGAAAAUCAACGUCACAGCAGCACAUCCGCCGUUUCCUGCGGCAAAAUGAUGCGGAAGAACAAAUCGCUGGGCUCGCCGCCUGUGACGGUGAAGGAGGCUAUGAGCUCACCAGCUAAUCACAACUGGAAGAAAGGGCUGCACAGUUGCGUGUUCGCUCCCCACUACCGGGCCGUCAAUCUGACGCCCACGCUGAUGAAAACCAGAAAGCGCUUCGAGACCUUGAGCGCGGCCAGCAGCGCCGACACCGAGGGCGGCGUCAGCCCGCUGUGGGAGUGCGAGGAGAAGGAAAACAAAGAGAAGGCCGGCGUUUGCGGGAGCGCCUUCAAGCGGCCGUUUUCCGACGUGGAGGUGAGCCCGGACGCCGCGGAGAGCCUGCCCAAGAGGAGCGCCGAGCACUACCGCCCCCGCUACGAUGACGCCGUCGCCACUCGCUCCGGGCUCACCGGAGCCUUCGCCGACGUGGGGAUCGACGGCGAGGAGGGCGACCCGGCACCUCUUCGCUCCAGUCCCGUCACCGUGGCAAAGAGCCUCUUUUCGGAAAUUGAAGAUUCGGGAGUGCCAGGAAAAGACUGGGAUUGUAGCUUCACGUCGCCGCUGGGCAGCAGUGGCGUUUGCCGGAGUUUGAGCCUGGACUCGGACGCCUCCGUGCUGGAAACGUCUGUUACCGUCCCGGACGUCAGCCAACCUUCCGAAAAAGUGGCCUCGCCCUCCCCGCCGGCGUCCCCCGGCUUCCUGCGACCCAAGAACGCGGUGGCGUUCCGCAGCUACUGCAGCUCCAUCGACCGCUCCAACGCGUCGCGGCUGAGCCUGGGCGGCCCCCCGGACGCGUCCUCACCCGCCGUCUGCCUCGCCACGCCGGCCCACCGGAAGAUCAGCACCGGCAGUUCCCUCUUCCAGACUCCUCAAGCCGUGUCCACCUCGCACACCCCCUUCCGGACCCCCAAGAGCGUGCGACGGGGGGCCCUGCCCGUAGAAGGGGCGCCCAUUUUAGGAACCCCUGACUAUUUGGCUCCGGAACUGCUUUUGCGAAUGUCUCACGACUGCAUGGUGGACUGGUGGGCGUUGGGCGUGUGCCUGUUCGAGUUCCUCACCGGCGUGCCGCCCUUCAACGAUGAGACGCCGCAGCUGGUCUUCCAGAAUAUUCUUAACAGAGAUAUCCCCUGGCCUGAAGGUGAGGAGGAGCUAUCGGACGACGCCAAGAACGCCAUUGAAAUCCUCCUCAACAUGGACAAAACCAAGCGGGCGGGAUUUAAAGAACUGAGGCAGCACCCGCUGUUGGAAGGCCGCGACUGGGACAAUCUGCACACGCAGCCCAUGCCGUUCAUCCCUCAACCCGAGGACGAGACGGACACAUCCUAUUUCGAGGGCCGGAACAACGCGCAGCACAUCGCUUUGUCCGCCUUCAGCUUGUAA